UGCGCAUUUCCUGCAUUAGAGGGAGGGAGACUUGCUCGCACACCGACGGAGGGAGAAGGGACCAAGGGGGAAAAGCGGGCGGGCAGGCGGCGAGCGAGCGGCAGCCUAGAGCCGGGACGCGAGGAGCGCGGCGGGCGGGCGCCGGCGCCCAGGAGGUGGGGCCGCGCCGAGUCGCAGUCCCGGCCCCGCCGCCGCGCUGCGCACCGCCGGGUGCCGGCCUGCGCCCGGAGCCGGAGCGGCGGCCACCCCGACUCCGAGCCCGCGCGGAUGUGAGAUUCCGGGCUCCCGGCGCCUCAGGAUCGCCGACUGCAGCGCGGCGCUGCUUCGCCCAAGAGGCGGCGGCCAGGCUGGCGGUGGGGCUUGUGGAUUUUUAAAAAUUUGGCUCCGAGGAGGACCAUUUCCUCUCGACAUGCAUCCCUCCGGAUAGACUGAACAUCCCUCGGUCCAUCCCCCGCCCCGCGCGAUCAGAGGCAGGCGCUGGGUGUGAGAAGAGGAUCCGGGUUGAAAUCUGCGCCCCCGUUCUCGUCCCCGCCCCGUCCCACCGCCCCCUCGCCCUCCCGGAGUCGAAAUUUCCCGGGGAUUAUGUUUCGGAAAGGUAGGUAAGCGCCGGGCGCGGCGCUCGCCUCCCCGCAGCCGGGACCCGGAGAGCCAGCGAGGCGGCGAGACAGUCCCCGCGGCUGGCAGCGGAGCCGACAGCUCCUCGCCUCUUCUGGAGGUGCGGCUGGUGGUAGGGGGGGAGAGACUAGCUCCUAACACGGACGUUCCCCAGCUCUCCCCCCCUCCCUGUUUUCCGUUAGGAACCCGGCGAGGAAAUACAUGCACUCGCUGAGAAUCGCCCGCUCCAGGGCGCAACGCUACAAGGUGUAGGGAGAGUGUGGGGUGGGGCGAGAGGGGACCCAGGAGUCCUCGUAGCUCGGAGCGCCGGGGCGUCGGUUCUUCAUCCUGCCCACGGGGCGGACGGAGUGACCCCGGCCCCCACGCCCCGCCCCGACCAUGGUAGUGUUCAAUGGCCUUCUUAAGAUCAAAAUCUGCGAGGCCGUGAGCUUGAAGCCCACAGCCUGGUCCCUGCGCCAUGCAGUGGGACCCCGGCCACAGACUUUCCUUCUUGACCCCUACAUCGCCCUCAACGUGGACGAUUCGCGCAUCGGCCAAACGGCCACCAAGCAAAAGACCAACAGCCCGGCCUGGCACGACGAGUUUGUCACCGAUGUGUGCAAUGGGCGCAAGAUCGAGCUGGCGGUCUUCCACGAUGCCCCCAUAGGCUACGACGACUUCGUGGCCAACUGCACCAUCCAGUUUGAGGAGCUGCUGCAGAACGGGAGCCGCCACUUCGAGGACUGGAUUGAUCUGGAGCCAGAAGGCAGAGUGUAUGUGAUCAUCGAUCUUUCAGGGUCGUCGGGUGAAGCCCCUAAAGACAAUGAAGAGCGCGUGUUCAGGGAGCGCAUGCGGCCCAGGAAGCGGCAGGGGGCUGUCAGGCGCAGAGUCCACCAGGUCAACGGCCACAAGUUCAUGGCCACCUAUCUUCGGCAGCCCACCUACUGCUCCCACUGCAGAGAUUUUAUCUGGGGUGUCAUAGGAAAGCAGGGAUACCAAUGUCAAGUUUGCACUUGCGUGGUCCACAAGCGAUGCCAUGAGCUCAUAAUUACGAAGUGUGCUGGAUUAAAGAAACAGGAAACUCCUGACGAGGUGGGCUCCCAGCGGUUCAGUGUCAACAUGCCCCACAAGUUUGGUAUCCACAACUACAAGGUACCCACCUUCUGCGACCACUGUGGGUCCCUGCUCUGGGGCCUCUUGCGGCAGGGUCUGCAAUGCAAAGUCUGCAAGAUGAAUGUACACCGACGCUGUGAGACCAACGUGGCUCCCAACUGUGGCGUGGACGCCAGAGGAAUUGCCAAAGUGCUGGCUGACCUCGGUGUCACUCCAGACAAAAUCACCAACAGUGGCCAGAGGAGGAAAAAGGUAACUGGCUCAGAAGAACCUUUUCCCUUGAAUGGGAAGGGCCCCACUGAAGAGGUGUGUACUUACUGCAAUGUCUUGUCCCCCUUGGCCCUAGAAUUAAAAGAACUUGAAAACAAUAUCCGGAAGGCCUUGUCAUUUGACAACCGAGGGGAGGAACACAGGGCCACAGCAUCCACAGAUGGCCAGCUGGCGAGCCCCGGCGAGAACGGUGAAGUCCGGCAAGGCCAGGCCAAGCGCUUGGGCCUGGAUGAGUUCAACUUCAUCAAAGUGUUGGGCAAAGGCAGCUUUGGCAAGGUCUGUGGUGGCAGUAACUUGAAGUUGUUCCCUGGGCUAAAUGCAGCUCUAACAAGAGGCAGGAAGUGUUUAUUUCAGUUGUAUUGGGACCGCCUCUUUUUUGUCAUGGAGUAUGUAAACGGUGGAGAUCUCAUGUUCCAGAUUCAGCGCUCCCGAAAAUUUGAUGAGCCUCGUUCCCGGUUCUAUGCUGCAGAGGUUACGUCAGCCCUCAUGUUCCUCCACCAACAUGGAGUCAUCUACAGGGAUUUGAAACUGGACAACAUCCUUCUGGAUGCAGAAGGUCACUGCAAGCUGGCCGACUUUGGGAUGUGCAAAGAAGGGAUUCUGAAUGGUGUGACGACCACCACAUUCUGUGGGACUCCUGACUACAUCGCUCCUGAGAUCCUGCAGGAGUUGGAGUACGGCCCCUCAGUGGACUGGUGGGCCCUGGGGGUGUUGAUGUACGAGAUGAUGGCUGGGCAGCCCCCCUUCGAGGCUGACAAUGAGGACGACCUGUUUGAGUCCAUCCUCCAUGACGACGUGCUCUACCCGGUCUGGCUCAGCAAGGAGGCCGUCAGCAUCCUGAAAGCUUUCAUGACCAAGAACCCCCACAAGCGCCUGGGCUGUGUGGCAGCACAGAAUGGUGAGGACGCCAUCAAGCAGCACCCAUUCUUCAAGGAGAUCGACUGGGUGCUCCUGGAGCAGAAGAAGAUCAAGCCGCCCUUCAAACCUCGAAUUAAAACCAAAAGAGACGUCAAUAACUUUGACCAAGACUUUACCCGGGAAGAGCCGGUACUCACACUUGUGGAUGAAGCGAUUGUGAAGCAGAUCAACCAGGAGGAAUUCAAAGGCUUCUCCUACUUUGGGGAAGACCUAAUGCCCUGAGAAGCCACUCCAGGUGGAGUUGGGUGAUGCUGCAAGAAGGGUGCUGAGAUGAUGUCUGGUUUCCAGAGGCUCAGAAGGUCUUGAACUACUUCUCCCCCGCGGAGCCCCAGUCCCCUGACCACUCUCUAUUUAUUGCGUCCCCUGACCCCAGGCCAGCUCCUCCCUCCGUCUACCUGGUGACCAGAAGGCACUUUGGUCCUCGACUCAUCAAUAAUACAGAUACAUGUCAUCAGUUAGCUGGACACACGACAGGGUUUGGUCUGUUGGCAAGCCUCUUUCCACUCCUCGGGGGCUCCUGACAGUGAAUCAACUUCAGUUCUUUUACUGCAAAGGAAAACAAUAUGAAGAACGCAAACACGAAGACCCAGGCUCUGCUGUUGGACAUAGCGUCCCAACAACUCUUGCUUCUCAUCCCUCCAGCCCCUCGGCCUGCGAUCCUCUGCCUUUCUGUCCAGGAGAGGAGACCGAUGCUUCUUCAGCCUGAGGGUGGGCACCCUCAAGGCAUGCCUGUGAAGGAGAGACCCUGGGAGAUGCACAGGUUGGCAGCCUGUGUUGGUUUGCUCUGGAAUGGCUCAUUCUCGCUUGCUUUGGUGUUCGCGUUGGGGCAUGCCAAAGUUGUGGAAGCAUGUAUCUCAUGGAAGAAAGCACUCCUUACAGAAAAAGAAAUUUGAUUUUGAAGUCUAUUAACAUUUGAAAACCAUAUUCUCAAAUUUGCUUUCCAGUUGACCAAAAAAUAUAAAUUCCAGCGUUAAUACAGGUAGAUAUCCAAGGGCUAAUAUGCAAUGAGAAACCGGUUGUCCACAGUGUAUGCUCUUAAUGCUUCAGUGGCACAUUGGGCUAGGGCUGUAUGAGUUGAGAGAAAAGGAAACUUGUAGUGGUCCUCAUUACUUAAGUUCUGCUUGAACACACAGGCCACUGCACUGAUGGCCAAGGCCCUGGGGUUCCAGCAAAACUCGGCCCCCAAACUCUCUUUCCAGUUUCUUCCUAAGUUCCCAGCAUAAACUCUAUUUAUUUUCUGCAGCAGUGUGUGAUUUUGCACACUUCUACAAAAUGGUAGUACUACUGUGUUGUGGUUUUUAAACACUAAACGUGUAAAGCUGAAUAUGAAAUAUCUGCUUUUGGAACAAGCAGAACGAGGUUAAAACAUGGGUUAUGCAGAGGGCACCCAGAGACUGAAGAACAACUUGUGUGAAAACUGAUCAUGUACCCAGAGGCACUCAGAGGCUUGUUUCUGUGUGACAUGCAAUGGCAACUCAUGUGGACACUAUUUAAUGGAUGUGAUGUUACCUCCUGUAGAUAUGCUAACAGUGUUACAUUCUUUGAUUCCCAAGGGUUCUCUGUGGCUUUGUGUAUAUGUUUCCCGGAGGUCAUUUGAUUAUCUAUUUUCCUGAACUGAUUUAGCAGGGAAUGGAAUCCAUUCCAACUGUUGCACGUGGAUUUCCCAGCUGCCCCUAAAUAUAUAUACUUGUGAGUGGCAAAGUGGCACUAAUCAAGCUUUUUGCCUUUUUGUACAUUUGAGAUUUUUGUAUAUAGUGUUUGCUGCAAGGCCUGUGGAAUUAAUUCAUUGAAUUUAGAGGUAUCAACUGCUGCAUGUUCAGGCAUAUUAUAAAACUUUAGUCUAUGAAAGAAUAAUUCUAAUAAUGUCCAGGUGCAAUACUCUGUAAGUGUAUUGGUUCAAGUUACCGAGAGAUAAAGUGUGUUUGUUUCCCUUUUUUUUUGGGGGGGGGGGGGGGGGGCGGGGAGUUCUUUGUAUUGUUUAUUUCAUUUUGGUUGGUCUUAAAAGAUGUAAACAUCUAUUAAGCUAUAUUAAAUCUCACAUAUAGUUCUCCUGUGCUCUAUUAUGCCCUGAUAGAGAUGGGGAAGAGAAAGGAAUGUUUUUGAUGGUGGUUUCAAAGCUUGGACAGUGACUAGCUGGAGCCCAUAGCGAGAGUUGGUGUCCAUAUUUGCAUCUGGCUGGUCGUAGCCUUUGUUACUAAUGGUGACAUUCAGUUCUCUUUUGUUUUUAUUUUUUAAAAACUCAGGUGUAAUUAUUAUCUGUUCUUACAGUAAUUUCAAAUAUUAUGCGAUAUCAAAUUUGUGUGUUUGGCAUACCAGUGACGUGAUGAAGAACAGUAGAUUAACUUAAUUUAUCUUCGGUAACUUGACACACUAGGGAGAGAUUAUCUUCUGGAGUUGAGUACAAGCACAGAAACAUCUUCAUGGUGGCAUCAUCUCAUUUUUUAGGAAGACAUGACAAUACUGCCCAUCAUACUCAUGCAUCACUACUGCUCUCUCCCUUUCUUCUGCUUCCUUCACCAUGAUGAACUUUGAACAACCAAGCCAGCUCUAAGUGCAUCGCCAAAUGGCCUUGUCCAAGGGCUUCACGGCGUUCCCGUGUCGGUGGAGGUUGGUCCCUUCCAACCAGACAACUGGCAUUUUUGCUGGGAAGUCAAAUAAUAAUACAUUCCACCCAUCAGCUCCAGGCAGCCAGUCAACAACAGGUCGCCUGGCCCAGAGACAACCCCUGUUCGCACCCAAAUAUCCAGGCUUGAUCCGGGGCCUCCUGCUUGGAGCUGGAGCUGAUCAAGUUCUCACACGGGCAGAUUCAAAUCCCAUGGAGUCAAUAGAAAAAAGCUUGUGUGUUUCUUGAGUAUUCAUUGUUUCAUUUUAGUUUUCACACGAGUUUGGAAGCGGACACACUGUUACAUUUCUGCCAAUUCUUUCUAAUCUUUCCAGCUCUUUUUUUUUUUU